GCCUCGUCGUGCUCUCUCGCAACCUUGGUUCCCUCUUUUUUAUUCCCUCUUCUACCCCAUCCCCGUUUUGCUCCUCUUCUCUUCUUCUUUUUCAUCAUGUCCUUUCUGUUGCGAGCUGUUACGUCGUCAACAGAGACCGACAAGAUGGAUCCCAACCAGCACCAGGUCCGCACACCUGGAGAGGCCGUCGCGAGAAUCGCCUACCUCUCUAGUGAUGUUGUCGUUUCCGUCCAGCCCUCUCUUGCCUCGGAUUCCGAAUUCUCUGCUCACCUUAAGAGAUACGCCGCGCGCAAGGACCAGAGUCUUGUCGCUGCCACUUUAGACGCUGUCCCAGAUAUUCAAUCUGUCCGACACAACAUCGAUCCGUUGUUGUCCGUCUUUACUCCUGUCCGCUCGGGCAAGCUCGUCUCCGUCACCACGCCCUCCACCGUCCUCCUGCCCGCCAUCUCCCACCUUUACAAGCUCGCCAACUACCCCGUUGUCCUGCAUGUCGCUCUCCAACCUCAGACUUUUGCUGACUACUCAGUAAUCACCUCCAUUCGUAACUCAGGAUGGACCUUUGUUCAGUCCGAGACCCUCCAAGAGGCUCAGGAUAUGGCCCUGACUGCCCACGCUCUCGCCAUCCGCACCGGCAAGGGUGUCAUUCACUUUUUCUCUUCCGAAACAUCCGCCAACGACACACCCAUUGCCAUUGAGGACGCCAAUGUUGUCCGCGAAAUCUUGGACAUUGACAGCGUUCGCCGCUUCCAGAGUGGCUCCAUUGCCGCUGGUGGCAUCUACGCUGACGAUGGUCAUGUCGCUGUCUCUUCGGAUCACCCUGACACUGCCGCCGCUGCUGAGUCUGCUGCUGCCACUGCCAGCGCUACUUUGCCAGCACCCAGCGCCGAGGCUUCCAAGGCCACUUCGCGAGGAACUUCUGUCACCGAACCCAGCGAAGCCAACACACCCGGCUCCGCGGCCACUACCGUUGAGGCUACUGCUCCUCGUGUUUCCUCCGAGGACAUUUACGUCUGCGCCAAGCGCAUCUGGACCAGUCUCAACGCAACCGUUGGUCGCCAGUACAGCGCUUUCGAAUACAGUGGCCCUGCCAACGCCGAAAACUGCCUCUUCAUCUUCGGCUCCGAUACUGGCUCCUUUGCCCAGACUGUCGACAGCGCCAAAGCGGACGAAAUCUACGCCAACGUUGGUAUCCUCACACCACGCUUGUACAGACCUUGGCUCGGCUCCAAGCUGGUCGAGGUUCUCCCAAGCUCCAUCAAGCGCAUUGCUGUCCUCGAGCAGAUUCACAAGAAGACCACCAAGUGGGGACCUUUGCUCAUCGACAUUAUUUCCUCCAUCAAGAGCGGUCCUGGCGGUGUUGACACCAUUGUCGGCCACCAGUUGGGCUACAUUGCUCCCGAAGCUGCUUCUCAGGCCCUCCGCGGCAUUCUUCAGAACCUUACCGCUGAAAAGCCUCUCCAGAACUUAGAGGUCGGCGUCCGUGAGGCUCCCCGCCAACCUGCCGAGUACGGCCUUGAGAAGCCCCUCAUCGAAAACGCCUACUCCAAGAUUCUUGACCAGCUGUUUGGAAAGCGUACCUACAUUGCCAACGCCCUCGACUCGCAAACAACCGGUGUCUCCCCUGCUGUUGCUGCCAGCCCCGAGUUUGGCUUCGGCUCUCUUCUGGCCCGUAAGGAGCUUCGCAAGAAGUUUGUUGUAGACGCCAAGGCUGCUGCCACUAGCAAGGAUUUCAUCACUGAAGGCCCCAAGAACUGGCUCGCCAAGUGGGCUGUUGCUGCCGAUGAUGCUAACAAGUCUACCGAGCUGGCUGACGACGUCAUUGCUCGUCUGCAGACUGAUGGUUCGCCAUUGGCUCAGCAGCUUCUCAAGAGCCAGGGACUCUUCCGCAAGGAAUCUCUCUGGCUUGUCGGUUCCGACGCUUGGUCUUAUGAUCUUGGCAACUCAGGUGUUCACCACGUUCUUGCCUCUGGCGAAAACGUCAACAUGCUCAUCAUUGACUCGACACCAUACUCCGAACGAAACAACGACGACGCGAACCGAAGAAAGAAGGACAUUGGUCUCUACGCCAUGAACUUUGGCAACGUCUAUGUUGCGUCCACUGCUGUCUACAGCUCCUACACCCAGGUCUUGCAGGCUAUGCUUGAGGCUGACAAGUUCAACGGUCCCUCCGUCGUUUUGGCCUAUCUUCCUUACUUUGGCGAGUCCGACUCUCCUCUCACUGUUCUACAGGAGACUAAGAAGGCUGUCGAUGUUGGCUACUGGCCCUUGUACCGGUGGAACCCCGAUAACGAUGCCAAGGGCGAGCCCACCUUUUCUCUGGACUCCGAAUUGAUCAAGCAAGAGCUCAAGACCUUUUUGGCUCGUGACAACCAGCUCACCCAGCUCAUGAACAAGGAACCCAAGUUCGCUGCCAGCCUGGCACAGGACUUUGGUACCGAGGUCCGCGCACAGCAGAAGCGCAAGGCUAAGGAUGCCUACAACGAGCUCUUGGAGGGCCUCCUCGGUGCCCCCCUCACCAUCCUCUACGCUUCCGACAAUGGUAACGCCACAUCUUUGGCUAAGCGACUUGCUAACCGUGGCCGUCUCCGUGGCCUGAAGACCUCUGUCAUGGCUAUGGAAGACUACCCCUUGGAAGACCUUGCCACUGAGGAGAACAUUGUCUUCCUUACCUCUACCGCCGGCCAGGGUGAGUUCCCCCAGAACGGUCUGCCCUUCUGGGACGCCAUCAAGGAUAGCACCGAGUUCGAUCUUGCCACCGUCAACUACUCCAUCUUUGGUCUUGGUGACAGCCACUACUGGCCCCGCAAGGAGGAUAAGAUUUACUACAACAAGCCCGCCAAGGACCUGGACCGUGUCCUCACCAACCUUGGUGGCCGCCACUUGGCUGAUAUCGGCCUUGGAGAUGACCAGGACCCCGAUGGCUACCAGACUGGAUACGCUGAGUGGGAGCCCAAGAUCUGGCAAGCUCUCGGCGUUGAUAACGUCGAAGGCCUUCCUGAUGAGCCUGCACCCAUUACCAACGAAGACAUCAAGAUUGCCUCCAACUUCCUGCGCGGAACCAUCGUUGAGGGCUUGAACGAUACCUCGACUGGUGCUAUCUCUGCUUCUGACCAGCAACUUACCAAGUUCCACGGUACCUACAUGCAGGACGACCGCGAUGUUCGCGACGAGCGCAAGGCACAGGGUCUUGAGCCCGCCUACUCCUUCAUGAUUAGAUGCCGUCUUGAUGGCGGUGUUUCUACCCCUAAGCAGUGGAUUCAGAUGGAUGAUAUUGCCAACACACUUGGCAACGAGACCAUGAAGCUUACUACCAGACAGACCUUCCAGUUCCACGGUGUCGUCAAGGGCAAGCUCAAGCCCGCCAUGCAGGCUAUUAACCGUGCUCUGAUGACUACUAUUGCUGCCUGUGGUGAUGUCAACAGAAACGUCAUGUGCAGUUCUCUGCCCACGCAGUCUGAAUACCACGCGGAGGUUAAGCAGUACGCCCAGAUUAUUAGCGACCACCUUUUGCCUUCGACAAGAGCCUACCACGAGAUUUGGUUGACCGAUGACGACAACAAGAAGACACAAAUCGCCGGCGACGCCGUUCAGGACUUUGAGCCUCUCUAUGGUCCUACAUAUCUCCCCCGCAAGUUCAAGAUUACUAUGGCCAUUCCUCCUCACAACGAUACCGACGUGUACGCUCACGAUAUUGGUAUCAUUGCUAUCAAGGGUGAGGAUGGCAAGCUUGCUGGUUUCAACAUCCUUGCUGGUGGUGGUAUGGGCACGACUCACAACAACAAGAAGACCUACCCCCAGACUGGUCGCAUGAUGGGUUUCUGCGUUCCCGAGGAUGUUCACAUUGCUUGCGAGAAGAUUAUGCUUGUCCAGCGUGAUAACGGUGACCGCAAGAACCGUAAGCACGCUCGUCUCAAGUACACCAUUGAUGACAUGGGCGUCGAUGUCUUCCGCGGCAAGGUUGAGGAGCUUUGGGGCAAGAAGUUUGAAAAGGAGCGCCCCUUUGAGUUCAAGAGCAACGUCGAUACCUUUGGCUGGCAAAAGGAUGAGAAGGGCCUCAACCACUUCACUUUCUUCAUUGAGAACGGCCGUAUUGAGGACACUCCUGAUUUCCAGAUGAAGACUGGUCUCCGCGAGAUUGCCAAGAUCCACAAGGGCGAGUUCCGUCUCACUGGUAACCAGCACUUGAUUCUCAGCAACGCUGCUGAUGAGGAUCUGCCUGCCCUCAAGAAGCUCAUGAAGCAGUACAAACUCGACAAUGUCCAGUUCUCUGGCCUCCGUCUUAGCUCUUCUGCCUGUGUUGCCUUCCCUACUUGUGGUCUUGCCAUGGCUGAGUCUGAGCGUUACCUGCCCGUACUCAUCACCAAGCUUGAGGACUGCCUUGAGGAGGCUGGUCUUCGCCAGGACUCCAUUGUCAUGCGUAUGACCGGUUGCCCCAACGGUUGUGCCCGUCCUUGGCUCGCUGAAGUUGCCUUUGUCGGCAAGGCUUUCGGCGCCUACAACAUGUACCUCGGUGGUGGUUACCACGGCCAGCGUCUGAACAAGCUCUACCGCUCCAGCAUCAAGGAGGAGGAGAUCCUCGAGAUCAUGAAGCCUCUGCUCAAGCGCUAUGCUAUUGAGCGUGAAGAGGGUGAGCGCUUUGGUGACUUCUGCAUCAGAGUUGGUGUCAUCAAGGCCACCACUGACGGCAAGAACUUCCAUGACAACGUUGCGGAAGAGGAAUCCGAGGAAGAGUAAAAGGAGAGCUGACUAGCGUGGCGUUGAUGAAGAAAAUUAACGGUAUAUCUACAUUUGUUAACGUAUUCCCUUUGUUGUUGUGUUUUUCUUGGCAAUAGAUUUGUCAUUUUUCGGUUAUAGCUGUGCCAAUAUCUUUUUGGGUCUAAAAGCCAAAGCAAAUAAAUACAAAGUUGUAAACAAUUACACAAUGGCUCUUCAGGUUUAAGAAAAAAAGUAUUUUCAUUAUGACAUCCAACAUAAACCGGGUCAUUCAUCAUGAGACUGAUGAGAUCAUAAAUACAAAGAAGAAAUGACCAAAGGAAAAAAAACACAAAAACAACCCAACUGAUGAGACCAAACAGAAACCAAUUAUCAUCCCCUAUACACAUUACACCUCAACCAGAAAGCGUUUUCGUCUAUCGGCUCAAGCUGCUACCAACGUUGCUCAUGGUCUCGGACAGCUUGCUACCAACACCACCCAUCCAGCUGGGAGCCUUGAGGCUCAUGCGAACACGGCCUUCGAUAAUAACGUUGACGGCGUUGACGACGGCAAAAGUCGUAGAACCGACGGCACGGAAAACGGCAAGGGCGGCGACACUCCACAAAAUAAAGCGGAGGUACAAGUUGUCACCAAUGCCCUUGUUGCUGUAGACUUCAGAAAUGGCCAUGGCAAAGAUUCCGUUGGCCAUCAUCCAUGUAACCACCAUGUAGGUACGAACGCUCUUGUAGUAAUCUUCCUGCAUCUGUCUCUCGUUGGGGGCAGGGGCGGGAACAGUGAUACGAUCGCGGAGGUUGCGGAGAGCCUCGUCAUAGCCGCUGUCAAUGUCAAGCUGCUCGCUGGGCAUUUCUAGUUCGACAGUUUGACCUUUACCCACGGCGCCACCAAGAUCCGUCUUCAUGACAUUGUCACCCUUGGUACCCCAUGAGAUAUCGUGGGUGUUGCAAAAGGCGUAGACCUGGAGAGUGCAGAUGUAGCUGGGCAAGAGGAGGAAGUACUGAAUCGACGAAGUAAUCAUGUGCCAUGGCUCGAGGUAGAGUAGCGACAUGAAGACGUAGAGACCAAUGGUGGAUGCCAUAGAAACAAUGAUAUUGGUGAAGGUGUUGUUUCCAAUUGUUAAGUUCUUGCGCAACUCCGUAUCCGUAAGCUGUCGCACAACAAUGUAGAACACUGCAAAUGUUGUGUAUGCCAUGAUGAUACUGUAGAUUAUCAUAGAGGCCAUGUACAGCUUCUUUGCACCUUGAGGACGAUUACCGAGAGAGAUGAUGAAUUGCGCUGCAAUGAGUAACACACAGGCGUAGCGGAGAAUGAUGAAGAAAACUGUGCCGAGGUUAUGACCAAAUGGAUCCACGGUCGGGUCAGUUAGACCACCAGCAACGAAGUAGAAGGUGAGGUAGAAGUUAGCCAGGGAGAAGUACGUAAAGAGGAGUUGGAAGAACUGGUAGACGAAUUCAACGCAGAGGAGAAUCUUACGAGGAAUCGAAUGAUCCGUGUCCAAGAUUUGUCUGCAGUUGACGAGAGAGUAGACAGCAGCAAAGAAGGCACCGUUGAGCCAUCUACGUCGCUGGGAGAUGAAUUCGGGGACGGCAUCAGGCACAUCGGUUUCACCAGUGCAGCCCUUGACGUACUUGAGAACCCAUCGUUCUCCACGCUUAGCAACCAACUCCCAGCAAAGAAUACGAUCUUCGGCAAGAUACAUAUUGGCAGUGAAAACGUCGGCAUGGGUUCCGUGAAGAGUCUCACCCUUGAAGUACUGGCUUAGGGGACCGUGGCCGGUGGAAUCGUUCUGGAGAGCGUGGUAUCGGUAGGCACUAAGAGCACCGGGCAAGACGGUAAUAUAACCAAAAACUGAUUCAAGAGGCUUAUCGAGAAUGUUGGACAUUUUGUACUCAAAGUUUUGUGAAGCAACCAGUGGGUUAAGAAGGUUGGAUCCAAACUUGCCCUUCAUGGCCUUGAUUUCACCACAAGCACCAGCAACGUUUGAGUUCUUAUCAAACGCCUUCCAGAGGUGGUAGAGUGAGUUGCCGCCAGGGCGAGUACCAACAUCGAGCAAGAUGCAAAUGUUGGGGUUCAAAGCACGGCCAAAGGCGUUGAAGAACCAACGGUGGGAGUUGAGCUUGCCCUUGUUCUUCUCUUUGAGGCAGAAGAUCAUCUGGCAAGGGACGAUGCCCUUCUCGGCACCCUUGAACUUCAGAUCAGAGUCGAGAGAAACCUGGGUGGUGUACUCGUAAACGUGAGACUGCACAGCGCGGUUGUUGACAAAGUUCUUGGCAAUACCGUGCUGGUAUACGCCCAUUGCGGCAAGAGCAUCGAGGGUUCGGGGGUGAAUCUUUUCACGACCGUCGCAAAUGACUGCCACCACAAUCUUUUGCCAUCCACUCUCACCCCAGGUUCGAGACUUGGAACGGGCGCAGAAGUGAGAAAUGUUCUUCAUGACUGCGUGCAUAGUUCUGGUAAAACAGAACUCGUCUUCAUUGUACAUGGUAAUACAGAUGAAGAGCUCAGUUUCUCGCAAGGUGCGGCCAAUGCUCUGACGCAGCUUGUAGCCUCUUUCGACAAAGUCAUCGGGAUCGCAAGUAACGGCUGUGUAGCGCAUAUGAGUGAAUUCGGUCUCAUCGCGGCGAGGCAAGAAGCUGUAGAGAAUCGUGGGGAUCUUGCACUCUAGAACCAGUUCACCAUUGAUAAGCUGGACCUCCUUCUUGGACAUUUGGGGAGCUCGGACACCUCGGCGGGCCUGGGCACCCUCAGGAGCAGGCCCGUAAUGCUCGACCUUUUCGUAGUAUUCUUCGUCAUCCUCAUUCAGGGUGCCCUGGGAUUCGGAUGAGAAGGAGUUGCGGCCGACGGGGAGAGGGCGCGAGUCACUCAAGUCUGAGCUAGGAGCAAAGACAUCAUCGCCAUCAUUGAGGGGGAUAGAAACUGUGGCGUCAUCUGCAAACCCAGAUCCUGCUGAGUUUCUCGCUCCGGGGUUGGAGAAGAGAGGAGCUGGUGGGAGUGGCCGGCGAGGGCUUCCACCAUAUCUAGAUGAAGGUGUGCCAGGUCUGGGGCUUCCAUUGAUGUCUGAAGGCUCAUAGCUGAGGUUCGUUGGAGGUCGUGUAAACUCCGAGUUUCUAGAGGGCGUCCAAGGACGAUAUGAGGGGGACUCACGAGCCGAGUAGGGCACGUAAGUUGAGUCUGGAGGCGGCAUGCUAGGAGCGUCGUCGAGGACUGAGCCGCGGCGGGAGUGACCAGAAGCGACACUAGGCUGGUAAGAAAGUCUCGAAGACUCGGUACUAUGAGGUAACUUUUGUGAGUUAUGGUUCAAGGUGACAGGCUGUACAUUUGUCUGUUUGUUUGCUUCUGGUGAUUUGGGAACAGCUGUGAUCUUCUUCGGUGGGAUAGCGCGCUCCGAUGAGGAUAUCGACUGUUUGUGAAACUUGUUCAAGUCGUCUAAUGGUUUCCUCUGCAACUUUGCAGUUUGUUUUGUAUGGGUUUUGAGGGGCCUGGGGAUAGCAGACGCCUUGUAGGUAGAUGCUAACGGGCGAUCUGGUGAUGUAGAUGACGAUGCAGGCUUCUGCGGACUUGUACGAUGCGGAAAGGAUAAGGAGAGAAAGGAUGGGAGUGUCUGAGGCUGCUGGACUGUGAGUGGUGCGUUGUGUACGUACGAGAGAUUGCUAGCAGCUGUAUC